AUGCCCCUCUACGAAGUAAUUAGCAGAGAUAUUCUUCGUAUUCCUCCCGCCAGCUCGGCUGCGCGGUCACGAAUUCGGCGAGUUACUUUUUUCGCUUCACGACGUGAGACAACUAUCCAAAUAAGGGACCCUCGUUUACUUGGAACGGAACCGGAAUUCGGCUUUUUCUGGCGUUCAGCCCUAUCUGGGAUCUUAUCUGGCGGUGCUGCUCAGUUUAUCUCCAGCCCUACGGAUUUGAUCAAGGUCGUUAUCCAUUACCAUCUGAAUAAAACGUUUUUAAAACCUCAAAUCCGGCUUAGAAUAACGUUAAGAUAA